CUACGCCAUUUUUCUCGCUACUCGUUGGCAAUGUUUCGAUCCAAUUGGAAGAAACGCCUGAUCGGUGCGAUACCGCAAUCGGGUAUUGGGAAGCCGCGUCUAAGCCAUGCCCUGAUCGUGACAUUCGUUCAUUACUUCUCCUGGGGUCUGUUGACCGUGCCCUCGAUGGUAAAGCUGAACGAGAGGUUUGCGGAACGAGCCUUCCUCAUCGACGGCUUGAUCUAUGGGACCAGGGGAACGCUUGCCUUCAUCGCGGCCCCGCUGAUGGGCGCCCUCUCGGACAUUUGGGGACGCAAGCCGCUGAUGCUGAUGGCCGUGGUGACCACCUACUCGCCCAUUCCGAUGAUGAUCAUCAAGGAUUGGUGGUUCUUUGCCAUGAUAAUGAUCAGCGGUCUCUUUGGCACAGUUUAUUCGACGGUCCUGGCCUAUGUGGCCGAUGUUACCUCGCAGGAGGAGCGUUCGAAGGCCUAUGGUCUGACCUCGGCCACAUAUGCUGCUGCCAUGGUGCUCUCACCGGCUCUGGGCAGCCUCCUAAUGGACAAAUAUGGACUCCCUGUGGCCGUGUCUGUUGCUGCAGCUACUGGCCUGAUGAACAUCCUGUUUAUAUGGGUCGCAUUGCCGGAAAGUCUGCCCAGGCAGAAGGAGCAGGAGCAUGCCAUGGACAUUGCAUGGGUUGGAGCACAUCCAUUUUAUGAUCUGCGAAUGUUGGGCAAAAACAAGACUCUGCUCCGCAUCUGCCUGAUUGUUGUGCUCUCCUCCUGGCCCGAGGCGGGGGAGGAGUCCUGUGUCCCACUCUACCUUACGCUCAAUAUGGGCUUUGGAAAUGUGGAAGUAUCCGUGCUGGUUGGCCUUGUGGCGGUGCUCGGCAUUGCGGCGAAUGUCACGCUGGGACUCCUAAUAAACGUCCUGGGAGCGAAGGGUACCAUCAUCUCGGGCCUGGUCCUGGAAAUGUGCCAGCUACUACUCUACGGGCUCGGUAGCCAAAAAUGGAUGAUGUGGAUGGCCGGAAUAAUGGCGGCCACGGGCACCAUCGGGGCCUCCGCCUGCACCGUCUUCUCAUCCAUGUACUCUCAUCCCCAGAAUCAUGGCGCUGUUCAGGGCAUCAUGUCUGGCAUGAUGGAGCUCUCCGAGGCCCUGGGACCAGUCGUCUUUGGGAUCCUCUUCUAUGCGUUCAACCGGGAUCUGAAUGGGAAGCACAGCAGCCAAAAUGGGGUACCAUUUGUUGCUGGGGCCAUAAGCGUCCUACUAGCCAUUAUUUUAGCCAAAUUACUAGUGGAGGAUGUGGACAAGCAAAAGGUAUACAAGUCCUCUGGAAUAGUUGACGAGAUGAAACCAUUAACGGGAACGGAGUAAAGAGGAAACUCCAGAAU